AUGCCAGUGCCAGUCGCAGCCAAAGUCGGCAUCGUCGCCGCCUCGGUGGCCGUGGCGGCUGCCAUUGCCAUCUACGAGAUCCCAGAGGUCCGGCGCGCGGCCCAGACCGUCCGUCGACGCAUUGCCAUCGCCCUUCACUCGUUAGGCGAGAAUGUCGACCCCGACGCACGGCCCCGCUUCAACCGCCCCGAGGACGCCGACGGCUUCUACCAGUCGCAUGCCGUCGACGCCGAUGAGGAAACCAGGCGGAGGCAACGGGAGGAGUUGCUGUAUUGGAACAUGCGCCGUGAAGAGCAAAGACGGCGGCAGAGCCAGGGGACUCGGGGCUCUACCUUCGACGACUUUCUCCAGCCUGAUCGGGCGGCCGAAAGCGGAACAUAUGUCUUCAACACGGGAGCGGACGCCCGGGCCUGGGACGCUGACAACGUCCUCCGACGGCGAGGCAAUGCCGAGGGCGUGCGCGGCCUCAACGCCGCUCUCUUCGCCAACCCCUUCAGUGAUGAACAUGAAAUCCAGAGGGACGAGCACAUCGAAUUGCUUUCGCCCGGCUGCGACGAAAUCAUGUCGGACAUCUAUGACGCCACCCCGCGGCUGCAGUCCCCCGCCAUCACCGCACAAGAACCGGUGCCGAUGCGAGCGGCGAACGAAGUGCUCUUCGACUUUGCGACCUACGCCCCGUCUAAGCCCGCCAGCGGAGACCGCGCCACCGUGGACCGCGAAGCGGAUCAGCACACCGCCGUUGCCUCUACCACAGCUCGCAGCACCACCCUCGACGGCGAGCUCGCCGCCGACGAAUACAUGACGGCGGGCCAAGACGACCGCACCCCCGCGGACGUGUACGCGGCGAUCCAGGCCUGGGCGCAAAACUCGUCUGCGGCCACCACCGCCGCCGCCGCCGCCGCCGCCGCCGCUACCACCACCAGCGGAAACAGCGACGACCACAACACGAGCUUCUACUCGCCGCUCCCCAGCACGCCACUUGCGCCGGUGUCCGAGCCCGAGAUCAUCAGCGACGGCCAGCUCACCCCGACCGGCUCGUCGUCCUUUUCCGCGGCCGGCUCCGGGGUGGACGUCGCGAACGAGGCCGUCUCGGUGGCGGGCGACGCCGGCAACAACACGGACUUGGACGUCAUGAGCGACACGGACGGCGGGAUCCCCACGCCGGGCAGCUGGAGCGAGGUCGGGAGUGUCAUUAGUGAGAGCGAGAGUGUCAUGCGGGCGUAG